AUGUUUCAAAUUUUAAUAUCCAGUUUUAAGUGAGUUUUCAUCUUCGCUCUCGCUUAUGUUCUUUACUUGACAUACACUCUGGUUGUGUACCCAUACAUUUGUUGGAGGAAAUACAAGAAAUACAGCAAUGUAUAUACCACUCCUAAGUUUAUACCACUACUUGGAGACCUUAAAGGUAUCACAGACGACUUGAAGCAAGGAAAAGUGCAUUACUAUGAGAAAAUAAGGAAAGCACCAGAAACAAAAGACAAAGAUCUUAGGCUGAAGUUUGAAGGAUAUCAUCCUAUUCUUCUCCUCCUUUCGAACAAGGCUAUUGAGGAGUUUGCUAAGCUUGUUCCAACUAAGAUAGAUAGAGUUAACACUGGUAGGGGACUUGGACGACUUGGCUUAGGGACAUUCUUGCUUGAAAGAAGCACUAAGAGAACUAUAAUGAGGAGAAAGCUAUUGACAAGCUUUUUAAGUCUCAAUAGUUCUUCAAGACAUAUUCCAGCAAUGGUAAAAUACACUGCUGAAGUACUCAAGCCUUUGAAAGAAGGAGAAAAACAAGAUUUCAUUGAGAUUUGAAAUGUUCUAACUUUCAAUAUCUUUACUAGUGUCUUGUUCGGAGAAGAUAUGGUUGGGCUUGCAAAUAAAGUAAGACCAUACAAGAAUACUGAUGGAACUACAUCAAUGCUUCCGUUGAGAGAUAUCAUGAUUAACGUAUUCAAAGCUUACUUCAUCCAAAUCUUCCACCCUCUUUCUGCAACUAUGAAGCAAGUGGCAGACUUGAACAUAGUAAAUCCCUUCAAGCGAGACCACGAGAACUACCUGACCUUCAUGGAAGGAAUCAAGGAACUCUACAGAAACUGUAAGGAUGAGACCUCUAUUUGUAAGCAGAUCUUGAAGAAUCAGAAACUUACAGAAAGCGAGAAAAUAUUUGACCUAAAUACUUUUAUUUUCGCUGGAGCUGAAACUUCUUCACAUGGAAUAGUGUCGACCCUGUUUUUUAUGAAGAAAUAUCCUGAGAGUUUUGAGAAGUUGAGGAAAGAGAUCCAAGAUGCUGGGAUAAGCAAAGAGACUCUCUUUAGCGAAGGAUUGACUAGAGAGAAGAUAGAAGAGCUUGACUACCUCACAUGUGUAGUAAAGGAAGGACUUAGGAUAGAUGGGCCAGGAGCAGAGUCCUUCGUUUACGCUGCGAGUCAGGAUGUUGAGUUAUGAGGAGUUCCUAUUCCUAAAGGAUUUCCUAUCAAGGUUGAUCUCGCUACUGGACAUUAUAAUGAAGAUUAUUGGAAAGAUCCUCAUGAUUUUGUGCCAGAAAGAUAUGAUGAUGAAUCUGAGUUCUAUAAGCAAGCUGAGAAAGAAGGAAAAUUUGGCCUUGGAUUCUCUACAAGACCUUUCUCCCAUGGGUUCAGAGCUUGUCCAGGCCAAUCUUUUGCCCUUCUUGAGAUGAAGGUAGCUAUUAUAGUCAUUCUCACUCUUAUUGAUUACGAAGUUGAUCCAGAGUUAUUCCAAAAAGAAGGUGUAGGAUUUGGAGUUGGAGGUUCGAUCCCAGCAUCUUUUAAAAUUAAUUGGAGAUAA